AUGUCUGCACAAACUUAUAAGAAGUCUGAGGACCCACACAGUGGGUCCUUGCCAGACAAAAUGGCGAUCUAUCAGGAUUGUUUGAAUCGGUUCAAUGAAUCUCCUGUGAAUCCUAAACUGUGCCGUACCCUGAUCACAAGCUUGUUGGAACUAUUGUCGCAUGGUGAGACUUUCCCUAGACAAGAAGCUACUGCUUUAUUCUUUUCCAUUUCGAAAUUGUUCCAACACCCUAACGAUUCUUUGAGACAAAUCGUUUACGUGGCUAUUAAGGAAUUGUGUGGAAUCUCCGAUGAUAUCUUGAUGGCUACUUCUUCAAUUAUGAAAGAUGUUCAAAAUGGUUCAGAUCUAGUGAAGCCUAAUGCUAUUAGAGCAUUGAUCCGUGUCUUGGAUGAGUCCACUGCAUUUUCUGCAGAAAGAUUAUUGAAAAAUUCGUUGGUUAGCAAACAUCCAUCUAUUUGUUCUGCUUCUUUGGUCAGUUCAUACCAUUUAUUACCAAUCGCUGAAACUACGGUGAAGAGAUUUGCUAAUGAGACUCAGGAAGCCGUUGGUGAUUUGAAACAGUUGCCAUAUCCAGAUGAGAACAGUAGAUAUUAUCCAACUACGUCUCAUAUCUCUCAAUACCAUGCAUUGGGUUUGUUGUACCAAUUGAAGAAUCACGAUAAGAUGGCUUUGAUCAAAUUGAUCCAACAGUUUGCCGGUCAUUCUUCACCAUUGAAAAAUCAAUUGGCUCAAGUACAAAUGGUUAAAUUCGUGCACCAAUUGGUUUUGAAGGAUCCUAACUCCAUCCCCCAGUUCUUACCACUAAUAGCUAAUUGGUUGCAAAGCAGACACGAGGCUGUUGCUUUGGAAGCUUGUAAGCUUACUGCGUCUCUAUCCAACUUGGUUCCUAACGAUUUGUUUGCAGCAGCGGUUUCUGUCUUGCAAGGAUUCUUGUCCACUCCUCGUGUGACAACCAGAUUUGCUGCAGUGCGUUUGUUGAACAAGAUUUCUAUGGUUUCACCAGAGAAAAUUGUGGUAUGUAAUCCACAAUUGGAAUCUCUUGUUAACGAUAGCAACAGAAACAUUUCCACUUACACAAUCACUACCUUGUUGAAGACUGGUACCGACAAGAACAUUGGUUCUUUGAUUAAGACAAUUACCAAGUUCAUCCACGAGGUGAAUGACGAUUUCAAGAUCAUCAUUAUUGAUGCUAUUAGAACUCUUUCUCUAAAUUUCCCUGAGGAAUGUGAUACAAUAUUACAUUUCUUGAUGGAAUCCUUACAAUCUGCCGAAGGCAGUCUUCAAUUCAAAAAUAGUGUCGUGGAAGCAUUAAUUGAUUUAAUUCAAUUCGUCCCACAAUCUAAGGAAAAAGCUUUAGAAGAAUUAUGUGAUUUCAUCGAAGAUUGUGAAUAUAAUGAAAUAUUGGUUAGAAUCUUACAUCUAUUGGGUAAGGAGGGUCCAACCACUAAGAACCCGUCAUUAUACGUGAGACACAUUUACAAUAGAGUUAUUCUAGAGAAUUCUAUCAUCAGAUCUGCUGCUGUGUUGUCUCUUUCCAAAUUUGCACUUGUUAAGAAUGACCCUGAGUUAGUAGAAAGUAUUGAACAGCUAUUGACUCAAAUCAAGACUGAUUCAGAUGAUGAAGUUAGAGAUAGAGCAUCCAUUGCUUUGCAAUUCAUCGAUUCGGUUAAGUCCAAGAAAGAUGUUUCCAAUAUCGCACAAAAUUUCAUUCGCCCAACUUCUACCUAUGACGUUGUUGCUCUUGAAUCAAAACUAUCACACUAUUUGUCACAAGGCCAAGAGGCAUUCAAGACUCCAUUUGACGUCUCGUCAGUUGCCAAAUACUCCGAAGACGAGAAGAAGGCAUUGGAUUUGAAACGCAGACAAGAGCAAGCCUUCAACCAUACAGAAGAAUCUUCCAACAGUGGUGCCGGAAAUGGUAACGGUACUGAAAAGGGUGGUAGAAAGGGUGAUAGAUUGGAUGACAAUAGCUUCAAUGGACCUUCAUUGGAAUCUGAAGAAGAAGAUUUGCUAUUGUCCAAAUACGUGGAUGAAAUGUCCUCCUUGGAACAAUUCCAGUCCUUUGGCAAGUGUAUCCAUUCUUCCAAGAUUGUCCCAUUAACGGAAAUUGAAGCUGAAUUCGUUGUGAAGGGUAUCAAGCAUUUGUUUGACGAGCACGUUGUAUUACAAUUCCAUAUCACUAACACAUUGAAGGACGUUGCGCUUGAUAACGUUGAAGUGGUAUGCCAACAAGAAGGAUUAUCAGAGGGUUUACUUGACGAACAAGAGGAAUUUGUUUUGCCUAUUGAAAGACUCUUACCCAAUGAAGGAGAGUCAUGUUACGUAUCGUUCAAGAAACUAACACAGAACAAGGAUGAUAUCAUUGUAGAAAGAUUCAGCAACUCGUUGAAAUUCCAAUCCAAGGAAUUAGACCCAUCUACCUCUUUGCCAUUCGAAGAUGACGAAGGGUUCCAAGAUGAAUACGAAUUUGAUUCAUUGUUCUUGAGUCCCGGUGACUACAUGAAACCAUCAUUCGUAAGCAAUUUUGCCACCUCUUUGGAAGAACUACCUUAUGAAUCCGUCUCUGUCUACAACAUUGUCGAAACUAACACACUACAAGAAGUCAUCGACAAGUUAGUCAUUAGCGCUGGUGGUUUACCUUUGGAAAACUCACAAAUAGUAUCCCACGAUGCCACCCAACAUACUCUAAAACUUUCAGGAAAAUGUAUCUUAGACAACACUAAAGCCCUGCUUUCCAUCAAGAUGAUCAAGACAAGUAAGGGUAUUGCAAUUAAGGCUCUAGUGAAAUCCGACAAGGAAUCGUUGGCAGAAGACUUAUCAAACAACUUGAUAUAA